AUGGACCCUGCUGAGGAUGUGGAGAAGUGGGAGGACCAGUGGGAGAAAUGGUUGACCAAUGAAUUCAGUUUGUAUGAGUUUGAAGAUGAAGACCUGUCUGAACUUACUGAGAUAACAGAUCAAUACCACAAUCAGCCUCUGAAGGACCAGACUGGGAAUUACCAGUCCUACCAAGGAAGGAUCCUUGACUUUGAGAAACGGCUAAAGACCGAAGAUGAUGGUGAUGAUGAUAAUGAUGUGACACUGUGGCCAGCCAAUGAGCAUGCAAGGAAGGAGGGGAAGGGGUGUGUUCAGAGGCUGAGCUUGGAUCUGAUCGAUGCUGAGGAGACCGAGGAGGAAGACGGGGAAGAGAGGGAGGUAGAGGAGGGUGGGGGAGGCCUUGUCCGAGCUGAGAAGCGGCAACACUGGCAUAAUAAAAGAGGUGAAGAGGAGGAGGCACAGAGGAAGCUGUUGCCUGUCAAAGGGGAAUCAACCUGUGCUGUCAUGGACAAAUAUCGACCAAAGAGACCAACCACCCUGGCUCUGUUCCCACAGCUGCCACAAGCCGGCACCCAGGACUCCAUCAACAAUAACUCUUUUGGCAAGAAGGACAGCUGGAAGGACUCCCGCUCCUCCUCCCCACAUAUUACAGGGGAUAUAGCACCAGCAGAUAUCCAACCAAAAGCAGAGGACAAAGUUCGGCACAACACCCGCCGCCCGGCACCAAAACCACCCACAGCCAAUGGAGCAAACAGCAGAGCCAACACUCAGGCUGCUGCCACCACCGCAGAUACACGCACUCGACUGCGGGAAAAACAAGUGUCAGGGGCCACGCACACGCAGUCCUCCAGCACACCAAGGAGUCAAAGGAAAGUAGGAGGAAGAGGAGCGCCGGCAAUGAGAGAGAGGAGCCUGGGGGACAUCAGAGGAAAGGAUGGAGUGACUGCAGGGAAGGAAGAGAGAAGAGGAGGAAGACUGUGUGAGGAGUCCAAGGGGAAGGAGAAGGAGAAAAAUACACAUCAAAGGCCAAGAGAAACAAAUGGACUAAAAAGCCGGGGGGCUGAUGGGAAAGGGAAAGUAGGUGCCAAAGGGGUUAACAGAGGAGGGGCAUUCAAGCCAAAUAACAUACUGUCUAACCAGGAAGUUUAUCUGCCAGCCAUGGUGGUCCCACGCACGCCUGUAGCACCAAGAAACCAGGACAAGACCCAAGACCAAGGCCAAAACCAUGACAGGACCCAAGACAACCCCCCUAUCCUCUCCCGGUCCAGCAGCGAGGGGGGGUCAAACAGAAUGUCACUGAGCUCAGACACAGAGGCCCCCCCACCAGGGCCCCUGCAUCCCUCUCUUUCUCACCGAACCAACCCUGACAUCAGAGAAGAAGAGGGGGAGGGAACUCCAACUCCCUCUGUGAACGUCCAGAACGGUCCAACCCACUGCCUUGCAGGUAAUGAAAAAACAGAGAUGGACUCUACUAAGUCAAAGGUCCAUGCAGGGGGAGAAAAAGGUGACAAUAACAUUGAGGUGGAUAGCACCAAAUCUGUCACUCAGGGAGAUCGUGCGGCUGCUCAGACAGUACCAAAGAGUGAAGCUACAGCAGGGUUAAAUUAUGACUCUGUUAAGUACACUCUGGUGGUCGAUGAACACGCUCAAUUGGAGUUGGUCAGCCUCAAGGACUGCUUGCACGGUUACAACGAGCACAAUGAUGACAGCGAUGCAGAGACGGUCUAUCAGUCAGCCAAUGAGGAGGAAGACCCAGAGUAUGAGGAGGAGAGAAAGGGGAGAGAGGAAACAAAGAAGCAAGAGGAAGAGGAGUCUAACGGAGGAAGGGCCAGAACUUCUAGAAGUAAGAAGUUCCUCAACCUGUUUUCCGACAACAGCAGUGCUGGGUCAUUUGGUGUGUUCUCCUGUGUUUUGGAUGGAGUGGAGAGACAACAGAGCCACAGAGCUGCCUACAGGUUUGUCCCUCGUCAUGCAGAUGAGCUUUACCUAGAGGCAGAUGACCCAGUGUUAAUGCUGAACCAGUCGGAGGACCUGUGGUGUCAGGGUUACAACAUGAGGACUGGAGCGACCGGCAUCUUCCCUGCCUUCUAUGCUGUCGGAGUGGCCAAAGAAUAUAACCACUUUCUUCUCGUAGUCCAGAAAGAUGGCUGGAUAGAGCAGUUCCAGGGGCGGUUCCUGGGUUCAGUACAGGUCCCGAUCCACAAGGGCAACGACAUGCUUUGUGCUGCGAUGCAGAAGGUGGCGUGUAACAGGCGGUUAGCAGGUCAGCCUCCUUCAACCUGUGUGCUGGAAGUCAGUGUGAAAGGUGUGAAGAUCAGUGUCCAAGACCAGUGUCACUCUGCUCAUAGGGGGGACCAGUGUUUCCAUUUCUUCCAGUUGAAGAACAUCUCAUUCUGUGGCUGUCAUCCAAAACACAGCAAGUAUUUUGGUAUCAUCACCAAACACCCUGACCAAGAGCGCUUUGCCUGUCAUGUGAUGAUGUCAGAGACAACAUUACAUCCUCUGGCUGAGUCUGUAGGGAGGGCAUUCCAGCAGUAUUACAAGGAGCACAUUGGCUACUCCUGUCCCACUGAAGACAUCUUCAUUGAAUAACACCUCUCCCGCAUCCACACUAUGUACUGAAUACUCACUAUGUGCAUGUAAGCCUGGUCUUACACAGCAAACUGGACCACUGAUUUAUCUUUGUCAGAGUACUGCAUGGUGGAUUUCCUUUCUUACCUGCAUCCAGUGAUACAGCGAGCUUUCCCUUUCCUUUGGCCAUGUGCCAACAUUAAUACCUCUAUGGAUGGAUAAGAUCACAUGAAAUGUUCCAUACACUGGGAACAAAUGUAACAUAAACUAACCCAAAUUCAAAGACAAAUAUCUGAUAUUGAUAUAUUUUAUGGUUUAAAAUUACUUGUAUGUAACUACACGUAGAUAUUUGCUGUAAAAUCAUAUAAACAGCCUUCAGGACUAUGAAGUUAAUUUAAGGACAGAAUGUUUAUAGCAUCCAUUUUUUUUAACUUGAACCAGUCAAGUAUCAAAAAACAAGAGUUAUCAGCGAUGUUAGCACAGUAGUACUUUAAGCUACUGUAAAUGCCAAUUUCAGCCUGCUAAGAUGUGCACAAUGACAGUGUUUAGCAGAUCAUGUUUCCCAUGUGAGCAGCUAACAUUUGUUAAUUAGCAAUAGAAACACAAAGUACAGCUGAGGCUAAUGGAAAUGUCAAUAGUUUGCAGGUAUCUGGCCAUAAACCAAACUAGAUUGGGAUCACCAAAGCUGUUGAAUGUCUAAAAGAUUUCAUGUAAGCCUAUAUCAUUUUUGUCAAGAUAUUUGAGUCUGGAAAAAAUGUUGGACCAACUGUAUAUGGAAAGCCCUGCUAUACGGAUAACAAUGAAAACGCUGAACAUUUAUUGGUUGCAGCUUUUAAAAUCAGAGCAUAUGCUGUUUUUCUCUUAUAAAUCAUAUAAUUGGAAAUUGCAUUUUGGGAUUCUUGGUCAGACAAGUUAAACAAUCUAAAGACAUCACAUUAGGCUCUGGGAACUUGACGAUAAGCCUUUGUCAUUAUUUUUGACAUUUCAUAAACUAACUGAUUUGUCAGUAAAGUAAAAAAACAAACAAAUUCAAUCCAAAAAAGGUUCCUUGCAACAAUACUUAAAUCUUUGAUUUGUUGUCAUAUUUGAUGUCACAGCAUGAUGAAUGCACUUAAAUGAAAAUCUAUAUCUGCUUGAGUUCUAGUUUGUAUACAUUAGACAAACUUCAUCAUAGCCCAUUUUUACUUGUAGCGACUGGUUUGUACUCAUAUUGAUGGUCACAAGGUUAAACGAU